CGCAGCCCUGGUUUCUGAGGGAAAAUGUAUCGUCUCCGCCAACAGUCUAUCGCCAAGAUCGCUUUCAAUUUCUUUUUAUCCACUGUGCCACGGGAAUAUUUUCAUUUUACGAGACAAUACAAUAAAAGCUGGUCGUGUAUUGGCUGAUUUUUGAUCAAGUUUUGACACACAUCUGCACGAAAAUGCCGAGGAACAAGAAGAAGAAUAGCAGGGGGGGACAGCACGGAACUGUGCAGCCUUUCAGUGAUGAGGACGCCUCCAUUGAAACCCUCAGUCAUUGCAGCAGCUUCAGUGACGCCACCAGUGUAGCAGACGAAGGUGGAGAGGCCAGUGAGGACGCAGCCCAGGAGGAUUUCCAGUACAAGUUAAAGGGAUUCAUUGACAGCACGGUUGACAAGAGUGCUAAGACUAGACAGGGGGCACUGGACGGGCUUAAGACGGCAAUGGCCACACGGAUCCUGUAUGAGUUUAUCUCAGAGAGAAGGAUGACCAUCACAGACAGCAUCGAACGCUGCCUCAAGAAAGGCAAAGGCGACGAGCAGCGAGCAGCAGCUUCUUUAGCCUGCUUGCUGUGUAUCCAGCUGGGCUCAGGAAUUGAGAGCGAGGAGGUGUUUAAGACCCUGAAACCCAUCUUCAAAAACAUUCUGGCAGACGGAUCAGCCAACAUACAAGCCAGGCAGGCUGUGGCAACAAGUCUGGGCCUCUGUACGUUAGUCGCAGAAGAUGACAUUUGGGAUGUGCAUGCCACCAUGGAGUGUUUUGAGAACCUGUUCACCCGGUCCUAUGCGAGGGCGGAUGGUACCUGUCCUUCGAUCAAUCCCCAGACAAGCCAGCUCCACACCAACGCCCUGCUGUCUUGGGCUCUGCUGCUCACAAUCUGCACCGCAAACCAGCUCAAAGACAUCCUGCGCAAACACCUGUCUAAACUGCAGAGGCUGCUCGAGAGUGACGAUGUCAACAUGAGAAUUGCUGCAGGGGAGACCAUCGCCCUGCUCUUUGAACUGGCCAGAGACAUGGACCCUGAGUUUGAGUUUGAUGACUGGGAUGAUCUGUGUGAUAAACUGAACGCGUUGGCCACUGACUGUAACAAGCACAGAGCCAAGACAGACAAGAGGAAGCAGCGGUCAGUGUUCAGGGACGUGCUCAAGGCUGUUGAGGAGGGUGACUUCCAAUCUGAGACCAUUCGCUUUGGCACAGAGCGCAUGACCAUUGACAGCUGGGUCAGGAAGAGGACAUAUGAUGCCUUCAGGGAGUUUGUGGGCUCUGGGAUGAACUACCACCUACAGGCAAAUGAAUUCAUCAGAGACGUGUUUGAACUGGGACCACCGAUGUUGGUUGAUUCAGCCACAAUGAAGGCCAUGAAAAUCUCUCGCUUUGAAAGGCAUCUCCAUAACUCUGCUGCAUUCAAGGCUCGGACCAAGGCCAGGAGCAAGUUCAGAGACAAGAGAGUGGACGUGGGAGAAUUUUAAAUCUUCUUUUCUACUAUUCUUAUUCUAUUAUUAUUUUGUCGACUAUCAGCUACUUAUCAAGCUUCCCUGCUUUUUAGAUGAACUGUCACAAGUUUGUGUUCACAUGAUUAUUCACCCCAAAAUCUAUCAUUGCACAUCAAACGCUCCCCUUCAGUAGACUUCACCGUAUUACAGCUGCUGUGUCAUAAAGGUAAUUGGAGGCUAAGGGUGUAAUUUUCAUAGGUUCUUUUUAAAUCUACAGGAGGUGAGUGUUUGAUAAACAGUAGAUUGUGGGUGGAGUGUAACUUUAAUGCUGUAUAUCCACAGAAAACAACGGUGUUGUACAUAUAUUGUGUAUUUAUUUUCUCCUUGUAUUAAUAUUCAUAAUGUGGCCUUUUUUUGAACAUUAUAAUUUAAGUUUCUGUCUUCACCCUGUAGUUGUAUUUUAGUUAUUAGUGUGCAAGCGCACAUGCUGUGGCUGAGCUAACCUGUGAUGGAUUUGUUGCACUAACUAGCAAACCCUUAGGUUAUUUAUGUAGAACCUUAAUGAAUAUUGUGUUUUGGUAUUGGGUAUGUAAUCUAAAGGGUAAAGAUGGUGAAAUAAACACUGAAAAGCUGUACAAAUGAA